AUGACUGGUUCGGGUAUGGGUCAAAGUGACUUGCCCGUCAAUCAAGAAAAGAAGUUGGCCAUUCACCAAAGAAAAGAUUCAUAUCAAGAGGAAGUGCAUCUUAAAGGAGAAAACGUAGAGACUGUCGGCACAACUUUAGAAGAGAAGUCAAGCAUAGAACGACAGAACGAUGUCUUUCUUCGUCGGCCAUCGCUCGACCGGGAACCAAACCAGUACCUCCAUUCGCUCCAACAAGAGACACUCCAGCCAAUACUGUCUCCAAUCUAUCCUUGGAUAUCAGCGCCGCAGAACCUACCAGGACCAUACGACGCGCCCUACUACCCAGUGCCAUUACCGACUAUCAAGACCGAAGAGUCACUUCACGACAGAACUCAGUCGACUAUUAUCAAGGCCGAGCCACCCUCGGAAGACGUACCCGAAGAACUAUCAACUAUCUCAUACACCCGCCGCGUCUCGCCAAACAGUAUUCCAGACCAAGAGUCACUCCUCGAGGGUACAGUCACGGUCUCAACCAAAGGCUGGCGACGCACUCAAUGGACCGUCACCGCAGGUUGA